AUGGAUAAACAAGAUGUGUACAUAAUCAGCGUGGACAAGCCAGACGUGUAUAAUCUCGCCUGCGCAUCCCUUACGUUGAUAGCCGCAAAACAGAUUGACGCGCUGUGGUCAGAUCUCACUUGGCCGAAGAGGCCGCUGCCACUGCUGGAGAUUGGCUGCGGGACCGGUGACGUCGCCAGGAAGGUUUUAGCCCCACGGCUGCCACCUUUCACGAAGCUAGUGGCUUGUGACAUCAGCACAAAGAAACUGGAGUUCUGCAGGCAGCACAACGCUCUGCCCGGCACCAUCGCGUACGAGGAGCUGAAUGUGUUCGAGCCGGACCUGGAGAACUCCGCUGUGUGGCAGUACGCGCCCUUUGGCAAGGUGUUCGGUUUGAUGCUGUUGCAUUGGGGGCCCGACGACAGGCAUGCUAUCCAGAACAUUCACAAACUAUUGGUACCUGGUGGAGAAGUUGUCUUCAGCAUAAUAGCUAACAUGGUGUUUAGCGCUGCGUAUGAAGACAUGGCGAAAGACUCGCGCUGGUCGGAGUACAUGCAGGACUUGAAGAAGUUCAUAUCGCCGUACGAGCACUGUGAGGACCCAGUCAGCGAGUUCAGUCAGUUGUUGAAUAGUGAAGGUUUCCAGGUCCUUCGCUGCUACGUGGCUCCGCAGAGAAUCCUCUUCCCGAGCAAGGUACAGCGCAGAGAUUUUCUGAAAUCAGUAUGCGCCUUUCUGGACUGCAUUCCAGAAGACCAGAAAGAUGCUUUCUUAGAUGAUUGGAUGCUGCGUUCAGAGAAACUGAAGAGAUUAUCAAAGGAUGUUGGAAGGAGUGAAAAUCCAAAAUUCUACAGCAACCUUAACAUAAUGGUAGCCGUUGCCAGAAAACUUUAA